UAUGUGUGUUUAACAACGUAUAAGUCAAAAGAGCAUAAGUUUGGUUCAUAUGAUGAUAAAAUCGUUUCUUCAGAUCGGGUUACGACUUCUUCCAAAUCAAUGCGAUAUAUUGUGUGUAUAGAUGUUGGUGGUGAAAUAUACUUGUAAUCUAAACAACAAAAAAAAAUAAUUAAUUGUAUCAAACGCGCACAAGUGUUUCGUUUAGUUGCAAUUCGACCGGGGCCGGUAAUCGUUGCCACUUUGCAUGCAUUUUUUUGUGUCGUUUUUGUCGUUUUUCGUUUACUUGCAAAUUAUUGUUAAACUCAUUUCAAUAAAACCAAUUUACUGAAGAAACCAACAAAAAAAAAUGUUACGUCGCUUAUAAUACACAGCAGGAAAAAAUGGUUAAGUUUUGCUAAGGUGUUUUUUUCGUUAUAAAAUGUUGUUCGUUGUGUUUGUAUUUAAUAUACCGAAAUGUGGUGUGUGAACGCGGUCACAUAUACGAAAUUAAUGUCUGCGAUUUGAUCUUUUACAUUUUUGUGUGUAAGUUAUAAUGUCUUGUACACACACAGAUUUUUUUCUUCCAUAAAAAAAAUAGUAGAAAUGUGGCUUGUGUUUCACUUGAGUAAAGGAAAUAACCAAUAAAUGAAAUUUGAAUAUUAAAUGUCGAUUAUAUGUAGCUGAAAUAUGAAAGAGAUCCAGAGAAUCUAAAGUAGAAACAACUAAAGGACCGACACGCAAAACCAUUUUUGAUUCUCAUCAUGAUCGCCAUCUGCAAAGCCAACAUCUUUCUGGCGUAUGGAAUCGUUAUCGGUAUAUGCUGCGGUUUUGUCAUUCGUAAUUACCGGGCUUUAGAAAUAGUAAAGAAAUGCAGCUUCAAACCGGACAUGAUGAACAGGAAUCCCUUCGAAAUUAUCGACCUAAAGCCCAAUGAGACCAUCGAAAAUUCCCAAACCAAUUUCAUUUUUGUUGGCGUUAUGACGGCAAAAAAUUUUCUGGAAGGGCGUGCAAAUGCUGUGUACCAUACGUGGGGCAAAGAAGUUCCCGGGAAGAUUGCGUUUUUCAGUUCGGAAAAAUCUUAUUCGGAAAUCCUACCUGUUGUCGCAUUGAAAGGAGUUGACGAUAGGUAUCCGCCUCAGAAGAAAUCAUUUAUGAUGCUGCAUUACAUGUACGAACAUUUCAUAGACAAAUUUGAAUGGUUCAUGAGAACAGACGACGAUGUUUAUAUCAGUACGUGGAAACUGGAGCGUUUCCUUAGAUCAAUUGAUAGUUCGAAGCCUCAGUUUAUUGGACAAGCGGGUAAAGGAAACACUGAAGAAUUCGGACUUUUGUCAUUAGAGUAUGACGAGAACUUUUGUAUGGGCGGUCCUGGUGUAAUACUCAGCAGAGAAACUCUACGACGAGUGGCUCCGCACAUUCCUACGUGUUUAAAAAAUUUGUACAGUACUCACGAAGACGUCGAAAUUGGACGUUGUGUUCAGAAAUAUGCUGGAAUUCCGUGCACAUGGAAUUAUGAGAUGCAGUCGAUUUUACAUCACAACUCUAGCGGAAAGUUCGCCUUUACCGGAAACUUGAAAUCGAAGGAAAUUCACAACGCAAUAACAUUGCAUCCGGUGAAGAAAGCACCGCUCAUGUAUCGCCUACAUUCGUACAUGCAGGGUUUGCGUAUACAAGACAUGCGUCAAGAGGCCUUAUCAUUACAUCGCGACAUUGCCAAAAUGGAAAUUGCCAUGAACCUGAAACCGAAUGAAAAUGUCCUAACAUCCGGUGUGUCCAUUUUUCCAUUCGGAGCGGAGAGUGAACAUUAUUUGGGAGAUCAUGACAUUUUGGGUGUAACUCCAGCGCUGAAUAAGUGCACGCCGGAAGUGAUGUCAGACAUACAGUACUGGAACUUCAUCGGUCGUAGUAUGUAUUCGGCUGAACAAGCGAAUCCGAAAAAGAAAAUCGAAUCAUCAUUCAAGGAAGGUCUGGACGAUGUCGUGACCGAAGUCAUGGACAGCAUAAAUAAUUUUUCAAGGCAACGCGGCCGAGUAAUUGAAUUUCGCGAAUUGUUGUACGGAUAUUCUCGCGUUAACGUUAUGUACGGCCAUGAUUUGAUAUUGGACUUGUUACUGAUAUACAAGAAGUAUCGUGGCAAGAAAAUGACCGUACCCGUUCGCAGGCACUUGUACAUUCAACGAGCGUUCACGGACUUGGUUGUACGCGAAAUUCAAGGCGAUACUGAGAGUGAAAAAGGUAGAACAAAAGCAGAAAAUGACCUGUUGUCGUUGUCGUCGAAAGUAAAAGAUUUGUGGAACACUGGUCUUGGUCGAAUAUCCAUAAUGGGAGGGGCAACAGAAACUAAGAAGCGAGACAAUUUGAACAAUGAUAAAAUCGUCUUUGUGAUGGCCAUUGCUGGUCGGUUUACCACUUUUCAACGAUUCCUAAGGAAUUACGAAGAGACAUGUCUUCGUACAUCCAACGCCAAUGCGGAACUGCUGACGGUAUUCUUCGAUGAGCCGUCCGAUUUACAGCCUUUUUUAAACGAAUUAUCGGAAGUGAAAGCAAAUUUCCCAACGGCAGUCCUCAACCAUAUUUCGUUGAGUGGAAAUUUCUCUCGUGGAAAAGCGCUGGACUAUGCAGCUAGAUCGUCGUACAUCAAUGACAAUGACAUCAUUUUAUUUAUCGAUGUGGACAUGACCUUCCAGACGGCAACGUUGGACCAUGUCCGAAUGAACACCAUGCUGCAUCGUCAAGUCUAUUUUCCGAUUGUGUUUAGCCAGUACGACCCCAACCGAAUGCAACAUUUAAAUGCUAUCGGUAACAACAACGACAACGAUGUUCUCGGCUACGAGUCUGGAUUCUUUCGCCAAUUCGGCUUCGGUAUAUGUGCCAUAUACAAAUCGGAUAUUCUAAAUCCGGCCAUCAAUGGUUUCAAUACGGAUAUCACCGGUUGGGGCUUAGAGGAUGUUAAACUAUUGGAGCGUAUAAUAAAAUUGAAUCAAAAUCAACCAUCGCAGCUAUUAAAUACCGCUGAGGGCAAUGACGAACCAUCGAUUGCGUUGAAUUAUGAAAGUGUUAAACCAAAGAUGUUGUCGGUGUUUCGUUCGCCCGAUGAUACAUUGAUACACGUUUUUCAUCCGAUUAAUUGUGAUAGAAAUUUGGAAGAAUCGCAGUAUCAGAUGUGUCAAGGCACCAAGGCUAAUACGCUUGGCAGUUACAAACUAAUUGAAUCUGUGUUAUUAAGUAAUAGAACGUUAAUGGAAUACCUUUUUGUGAAUAGAUUGAAUGGUGAACAGUGAUGUUGUACAUAAUAUGCGAUUUAGAAUAAA